UUAGCUUAUGCAUUAAUCAUUGACAAGCUUAAUAUGUCAAAGAAAAAAAGAAGCGAUGCUGGCAGUGGUGUUCCUCUAAUGCAUGAGCUGCAUAUACACCCUGUUCAGAGCAAAAUCACAUCCUGCCACCUAAAUCAUUUGGUGCUGUCCCCAUCCUGGUGAGCCAGCACAGGGGAAGUCCCAGGUGUCCCACAGCUGAGCUUUCAGCAAUGCAGCCUGCUGGAAGGUAUAGGCAGAGGCAGAAAAUGGGUGUGGUGUGCGCACAGCAUAGAUCUGUCUUUGUGCAGUUGGGUGCUCACAACAAAGGUAAGAUGUAGUGCUUUUAAGAGGCCUUUAGCCUAUUUAGGGGAAAAAAAAAAACCCAACAGGCUAGGUGGCUUAUUAGUUUAAUACAGAAUACACUUGACUUGCUCUUUUUGUUCUCCUGUGGGGAAAAUUUCUUGCUACUGCUUAAUACGAACAAAAGCCUUCGAGCUACCAGCAAUAGCUUACCCUCCUGCUGCCAUUGCUGCAGUAAGUAAUUAUAGAGGCUUUCAAAGCCCUCUAAUUAAAUUUAUGAAUUAAGUAUUUCCUGCCAGCAUUUAUAUUUACAUCUCUAGACAUUGGGGAUGCUGUAAGCAAUGCAGAGCAAUAGCAAGAUGAAGGAAAACACUUCAGAUGUUUACUGGCCCUUAAAAAAGCCAUCUGAAAUUUGCUUCCACUAUAUAAUGCAGGCUUGCAUCAUGGACCAAUACUGGAUCCGGUCUUAUUCGACUUAUUCAUCAAUGUCCUGGAUGAAGGGACAAAGCGUAGCCUCCACAAGCUUGCUGAUGGUACAAAACUGGGAGGAAUGGCUGGUACACCAGGAGGCUGUGCUGCCAUUCAGCGAGACCUGGACAGGCUAGAGAGUUGAGUGGAGAGUAACCUAAUGAAGUUCAACAAAGGCAAGCGUAGGGUCCUGCACCUAGGGAGGAAUAACCCCAUGCAACCAGUACAGCUGAGGGACUGACCUGCUGAAAAGUAGCUCUGUGGAGAAGGACCUGGGCAUCCUGAUGGACAACAAGUUAACCAUGAGCCAGCCAUGUGUCAGGGGUAUCCUGGGGCACACGAGGAAGAGUGUGGCCUCUUCCCUCUCUCCUCUACCCUCGUGAGGACUUACCUGGAGUACUGCAUCCAGUUCUGGGCUCUCCAGUACAAGAAAGACAAGAAACUACUUGGAGAGGGUACAGCAGAGGGCUACAGAGACAAUCAGGGGUCUGGAGCAUCUCUCUUAUGAGGACAGGCUGAGAGAGCUGGGUCUGUUUACCCUGGAGAAGAAAUGACUGAGAGGGGAUCUUAUCAAUGCGUACAAAUAUAUCAAUGGUGGGUGUCAGGAGAAUGGGGCCAGACUCUUUUCAUUGAUGUCCAGCAACAGGGUAAGGGGCAAUGGGCACAAACUGAAAUACAGGAAGUGCCAUCUGAAUAUGAGGGAAAACUUCUUUACACUGCGGGUGGCAGAGCACUGGAGCAGGCUGCACAAAGAGGUUGUGGAGCCUCUUUCUCUGGAGAGAUACAAAACCUGUCUGAACACAACCCUGUGCAACCUGCUCUAGGUGAGCCUGCUUUAGCAAGGCGGCUGGACUAGAUAAUCUCCAGAGGUUCCUUCCAACCCCAACCAUAUUGUGAAGUUGUGGGAGAGACAGUUCUUGACUGUGAUCCUUUGGGUAGACAAGCAGAGAUGCAGUUUAUUGUAGAUAAUACGCUAAUUGAGUUGAGCUGACGCGAUUUUUCUUGUCUUGACCUUCUUUGCUGACACCACUGUCUAUGUGGGUUUCUUUGCUUGCUAGCUUUCUCCGUCCAGCCAAACUUGGCCCUCCCGUCUGCUUUGGUUACCAGUUUUGAGUUACUUUUGUGUUCCUCACUGCUUUUCCCUGUUCACUGGGUGGACAGCGAACUACAAAUUCUCCUCUUCGUUUGCUUUUAAUAAAGACAAAUUUCAUCAAAGAAAAUACUUGCUUCUAACACAGGUAAAUGCAUGGUGCACAAACAUCUCUGUGGACACCUGCGUUGCUUUACGUCCACGUACAGAACAUGCUUCAUUGUUUCCUACCUCCUCUACCAUAUGUUAGUGGUAUUUCGGUUUUGACAGAGCUCUACUUGCAGUUAUCUUUUUGUACUGAUAAUUCUGUUGCUCAUUUUCACAGGGCUUGUUUGGCAGACACUAUUAAAAUGCUCUGUGUCCUCUUUUAUUCUGGUUUCUAGGUACCUAGUGGGUGUUUCUUCCAGCUACUAAUAUCUCUGAUACUUGUGUCUUUAUUCUUAUUAUUUGGGGUGGUUUUGGUGUAACCAAGCAUUCCCUCAUUUUCUUCCCUUUUCUAACCUUCUCCCCUUCCACCAGGAUUUCUGGCAGGUACAAAGCAGACAGCAUGUGCUUUGAUUAGUUUGUGCUUCAGACCUCGUAAUACGCACUUUUCAUGUAAAAGGGACAGUGUAUGCUCACCCCUUCUCCCUACUCCUUUAAUAAAUAAUCCUGAAUCCUUUCCUUGAUCCUCAGUCUAAAGGAUUUAUAUCAGAAUACUUGAAUUUGGCUUGUUCAGAGCACAGUCCUCAGGGUAACCAUUACUACAUGGCUUUAUUAAGGGGAACCUCUGGGCAAAGCUCAGAUGUGUAUCUCACUGCCCUCCUGUUUUCGUGGUGUCUUUUGAGGCUUCUGACUUAUUUUGCAGCUUGAUGAGACUGCGGUAGCGCUGACUACGGAAAAUGGUAUUUUCUGCUUGGGGCCACGAAGUUAGUUAUAUUCUGUGAGAAAGGACAGUCCUCUCUCUGGCCAAAUGCUGUGGGGAAACAUGAUGUAUUUUAAGUUUGGUGAAGGUUAUUUUUUCAAACUUUCUAGAGUUUUUCAAGUUACAGAACUCUGUAGAGUGAAGUAUGUUAAAGAAUAUUUUAGGAAGAAGAUAUCUAGAUGCUAUACUUCAUAAGAUGGUUUCUAGGAAAAGGAACUAGAAACUAGAGGAGAGUUCAUUCAGUGUUAGUAAGUGAAGAGUGAAAUGUACUCGAAACACUUUCAGUUUGCCCUGUAGAUUUGUGACUUUAAUGAAAUCUAUGCGGGAAGUCAGUCAAAAAUAAGCAAGUUGAUGACAAAAUGCCCUUAGUGGGUGUAUGUAGUCUUUUAAUCAAAAAGUUGUUUAUGGGAUCAUUUGGGGCUUUAAUUUCUUCAGUAGUUUUAAUGGUGUUAGAUUAAUGCUUAAUACUUAAGGGAUGCAAAACUGAGCUCUGAAAACUCUGUCCUUGCGUAAUAUGGAUUUAGUCAAGAGGAGAUGGAAGGAGGAUGGAUUGAGCAGGGUGGGAAGGAAUAUUUUAGAAGAUGCUUGACCUUACUGACUACAGAAGGAGGGGAGGUCUGGGUAGGAGAAGCAGGUGAAGAAGAAAGGGAGGAGUGAGAGAGUGGAAGAGAAUGGCAAGAUUUUUAGUUGUAUCUUAUUUCAGUUCCUUAAUAUGUUUGCAGUCAUGAUGAUAGUCUCAAAUUACAUGUGGGUUUUUUCCCCCAAACCUAUUUCUCAUUUGGUGGAUGGUUAGAGUUGAGUGUAUGGCCCCAAUUUUAUCAUCUGAGCCAAUGUUUAAUAUUUGCUCUCUGUAAAGAAUUAUUUUCCUCCUGUACUUUCACACUGGAAUUUUUAUCUGAGAAAAUGAGCAGCGUGUGUUAUCAACGUAAUGAGUUUAUCUUGGUAAUGCAAGCUGAGACAAGCAGUAUCCCAAUCUCCAUCUGGAAACCUAAACAGCCAUUUAAAUUCAAAGGCAUCAAAAGUCAACUCAUUUUAGAAGCCUGGCUUGGGACAUCGAGGUCCCAGUUUUAAUCCUCCCCAUCAAAUUUUCAUGAUGAAUGCCACUAUGGUCCUACAGAUCGUGAUUUCAUUACCCUGCAGAGGACUGAGACAGCACACCAGAGGGGAGCAGGAGUGUAGACUGUCCUUUUUCUGAGGCAUUUCCUAUUUGCUCUUCCAGCAGGGGUUUCUCCCUUGCAUGAGUGGGUCUGCUGCCUGCGAAGGGUUGGGAAAGUCUGUGUCAUUUUUUUUCUUGGUUGUACAGAAUGCUGGCCUUGCGUUUCAGGUGCCCUUUGUUUUGAAGGUUAUGAAUAUUUACAGCCUUGCUGGAAGGACGGAAUGCAGAUUUCUCUUUCAAGUCUCAGGAGACCACCUGUAGUAAUAAUUGCUGCCUAAUUCCCUGUAUGUGUCCAAAUUCAGAGGGAGAGUACACAGAACAAAUUCACGCACAUCCAGCUCUGGAUUUUUGUCCCCCUGUGUAUAUAUACAGAUAAAGCAGGCCCCAAAUCAGAGGUUUUAAAAAUCUCUUUAUUAAAAUACACUCUUGAAAGGUCAUGAGCUGCGGUCUUUAUCUGCCAGCAGUAAAUUUUGACCAUUUUCCUGUGCUAACGCUCACGCACCACAAUUUGCCAUGCAGAAUCUGUUUGAGUUUGCCUGUGUUAGCAUGUCGACUUCAUAGUAAAUUCAUCUAGAGCGACUAGAAUAGUACUGUGAACUUUUCCAUUGCAAAAAGAGGUUUAUGAGUUUGAGAAAAACCUUGUGCUGUUUCCAUCACAACCUUAAACACUUUUUCCUAAUUUAGUGAUAGAUAAAAAGUGAUAUUAAAAAAAUCCCAGGCGGUGCAUCUAAGAAGAUUUAUUUUCAUCCGCAUUAUAAAGCUAGCUUUAAAAACUGUAAAUAUCCCAAUCCUCCCCCCCGUCCUUUUUUCAUUCCCGUUUCAUAGCACAGAGGAACCUUCCCCACCUGUUGUUCCCUUUUGAAUGUCUGGGCUGAAAGGCUGGAUUUUUAAAAUCUGAUUCUGAAAGCCUUUUUAUUUCUUUAUUUCACUUUUCUUAAUGUCGGUACUGAGGUGCCAGUGUGAGUUGUCAUGAAAGGUUGAACUUGAUGAUCUUUUCCAACCCAGUUAUUCUAUGAUUCUGUGAAAUCUCUAAAUAUGUGGCUUUGGUUUUUUAAGUUUAUAUCUUAAAAAAGAAAGUAAAAUGAAAAAUCUUCCUCAUUUUGGACCCUCCAGUUCAGCAUUUUGAUGCAGACAGAGUUCAAAGCAUUAAUAUUUUUAGUUACCAUAGCAGGCUGCAUUGCCUGAAGUUUUCACUGGCAUUUUGUAAGGGUUUUCCCUUAUCUGUCUUGUUUGACAGACUAAUACAGAGCACUUGCUGGAAACACAUUAGUCAGUGAGUGUCUUGGUAUAUAUUUUCCCAGAUCUUAAACAGCCCUGCUUGGGACGGAGCAGCAGUAGUCUGUGCCAGCAUGAUGCUCUCCUCCAGACUGCUGGACCAGGCAAACAAGAGCUGCAUCGCUGCACAUCUGAAUGUUGUGUAGCUCUAAUGAGAUGACAGAAGCUAGCUAAUACAUUUAAAGAUGUCAAACAAUACGUGUGGUAUGAGCUCAUAAGUGUUUAAAAUACAUUAAUUAAAUGUACUGUCCAAUAAAUUUUACAGAAAUAUUUGUUUUCCUUUCCUUAGAAGGAUUCCUAAUAAUUUUUUGUUUAUAGGAGCGCUGUCUACUGAUUUAAGCCCAAGGCAUCAAACCAUUUGUGAGCAGGAUUAAUAGCGCAUCAUGUCUAUGCAUACUGCUUAAUGUUAUGUGCACGAGUACUCAUGUGGGGUUCUUUUCCUCUGGUUAGAGACAUUUCAUUUGUAGAGAGACAUGUAUCCCAAAAUUGCAAUAAUAUGGAGGGUCAUCUUUACCUUAUAAAGCCAGAAAACUCCGAAACAAGGACAAAAAUUGUCUAUAUUAGGCCAACUUGUAACGCAGUUUUUAGAAACUCCUGCUGUGGAUAAGAGAAUAUUUAUUUUUAAGACUGAACGUACAGCAUUUUAACUUCUUUUCCUCUAUGCCUACAGCUAACCAUGAAAGAAAUGAGGUUUAUAAGUGUCUUUUAAAUGGUUUGCAUAACUGAAGGUGGUCAGUUGGGACUGAAAGAGAAGUGCUUUGCAGCAAGGUGACUUUACUGAAACAUUCAUGGUUUUGUAUUUGCUUACACAAUAUUGGUAACCUUAAAUUAUUUAUUUUAAAAAGGAACAAACUGAAUCUGGUGUUUGUCAAUAAAAGAUGGUUGUGCUUCAUCUAGAAUUCCUUACUAAUUUACAAAAUUACUUUCUGGUUCUGGAGAAAUGCUCAUUAUCUUGCACGCACUACAUAUUUAUUUUGUUGUCAUUUUGGAAGGCAUAAGUCACUGUCGAGUGGCCACAUAAGGCUGAUAAAUUCCAGAAGCUUUGGUUUAUAUAAGUAUAACAUAUAAAAAAUAUAAACGAAUUAUGUGAAUAAAUGUGCCAAAAAUGUGUUUUCACUCCACAUUGAAACACAAACUGUCCACUAAGUGACUUUCCAAGGUGUUCUUCCCAAAGAGGCAAAUUAAAUGCUGCUCCAACCCUUACUAUUCUAUGAUUAAGUAGUUUCUGAAAUGCAAAAUGAAGUGGAGUUGCAAUGAUUUAGCUGAUAAGGAUUUUCCAAAUGUGCAGAGCAAACACCAGCGGCACGCCUUGCGUCAGUCUCUGCGUUUGCAGAGAAGGCAUCCCUUAAUUUGCAAAAAUACGUCUUUUUGUCAGAUUUGCAUAAUUAAGUAAUACCAUGUUUCACACUUCACUCAGUCUUGGGAAAACAGUUUUUAAAUCCAAAACAAAGGCAAUAUUUGGCAAGGAAUGGAAGGAAUUGAUGGGUGUUUUUCCCGCAAAAUCCUUUGUUACCUGGGAGCUGUACCCAUGUACUUGGCUCAAGGGACGCUCCAGUAGUAGAUCAGGUUUGAGGUAGAAUAUGUGAAGUUUGUGAUAUAAUUUAGGGUGCUUUGCUCGCUUGCAGCCAGCCCGUAACACAAGUCUGGGGAGCAGUUUGCAUAUGGCAUGCAACUUGAUUUCCUACAGCACAUGGGUUUGGGGGAGGUCCGUUGCUGUUACAGAUUGGUGCUGUUUGGUGGUCUUGGAUCCUGAGUUGGAAAGGACAAACCAAGCUUCAUAUUUGGAAAUGCAGUUAUGUUAUUUUUUUUUUUCACCUGUUGUUGAUGUCUGGUGUUACGAUAGUCUGCCUGAAUGCCUGUAAAAAGUUUUAUUCCACUGAGACUGGACUGGUGGCUUUUUACUGAACUUACACGGCCAUGCUUGUGCCAAAAGCAAUGGUAUAUUUGGAUUUCGUUUUCUUUACAUGUUAAUUUGAAUGUUUGCUUGUUUGUGUGCUUGUUUAAUAUGAAUCUACUGCUUGAUUGAAAAAUACAUCACAAUUGUAAACUGUUCCCUGUGGCUUGCUCACUUGUGAAUGCUCAGUUUUGAAUGCCUUUUUGGGCAUGCCAAAUCAUUUUAACCAAUUACUCUGGUUUUGGGAAUGGAUUUAACAUAGAGAAAAAAUCUUAAGUGGAAGACAUUUGACUGUUUUAACUGAACGCUUUGAGAAUUAGCAUGUCUUUGGGUACAAAAGGGUGUGAAAUGUGAAUGUUGCCCUGAAAUUCUAUGGAUAACUAAUUUGUGAAGAUGCCAUCUCUAAAAGAGGAUGGAAGCUUGGAAGGGGAUUUUUCCCUACGUUUUCUGAUCUUGUGCAUUACCUUUCUGGCUAGAAGAGAUGGUAGAGUAUGAUGGAAGAAAACUAGGCUGUGGAAAAGAAGCUCGAGGUCUAUAGACAGUGGUUUUAGAUGUUAGUGAGGACUUUGGGUUUUUCCACCUUGAACUUUGAGGAGUCACAACACUCCACAUUGUGCUUUGUGAAGCAGGUAGAUUGAUGUGGUGGGGUGUUUUGUUGUUUGGGAUUUGGUUGGUUUUGAUUUUGGGUUGGGUUUUGUUUCUUUUUUGGUUGGUUGGUUUUGGGGUUUUGGUUUGGCAUUUUGUUGGGGGUUUUUUGCUUGGUUGGUUUUGUUGUGGCUGAGUUUUUUGUUGUUGUUGUUUGUUUAUUUUUUGGUUUUUUUCCCUAGGGUUAUAAUUCAGUAGAAUAUAAUGUUUAAUGGUGGGGAUCAUCUGCUGAGGAGGAUGCUUUCAGCCUUUCCCAUAGUGGGGCAAGCUUCCCAUGCACUUUGUGGAAAGCAGUCUAACACAUAGCUUCUUAGUGUGCCAGAAGAAAAUAAAUGGGAGAGUUUUUUGUUUUUGUGUUUGUUUUUUUUUUUUUUUUAACUUCUGUCUUCCUACUGCUGGGAGCUUGAAAAUCUUAUUGAUCAGGUCAGUUGUUAUUUUUUCCCUAUUAAGAUCAGCUGGAGAAAUUCCCUUUUUCAUUAGCUGCAGGCAGGCUGAGCACCAUAGUUGCAGCGUAUGUUCUUCCGUAGGUUUCUGACAAGUAGGUGCUUGUUUAAAAUAAAAAAUUUUACUUUGUUUGCUUAAAGUAAGAUGCAAAUGAGUAAAUGCUUCUUUCUCCCAACUGUCUACACCUUUGUAUUUUAGAGAGCAACUAACUUAAUAUCUUUUUUAUUGUUAAUCUAUGGAUGUGGUUUUCAGCUUAUGAGGAAUGUUUUGAGCUGUUUGAUGCCGACUGUGAAUUUUAAGUGCAGAAAAGAAACCCAUAAAAAUUAAUAAGCCAACCUCUGGACCAUUUUCAUGGGAUCCUUCAAGCGGGUGGAAUAGGAAGUUAAUAGCUAGUUUAUGAUAAACGCUGCAAUCAGAGGAAGAGGCAAUAAAUCACAUGAGCAGGUGAGAUGCUGGUGGCAGUGCCACCUGCAGCAGAAAACUGCUUUCCCCACAAAUCCUUCCUUUAGUUUAAAGGAAAACCAGACAUUGUUUAUUUGUCCUUAACAUAAGCAUCAGUGUAAUUUUGCUUCAGAUCCAUGUUGAUGGGAAAGGAAGCAAAAACUUUUUUUUUUUUUUCCAGUAAAUGAUGCUUUGGUCUCAUAUCCUGUAAGCAUAAAUAGCAGUUAUUUUGCAUGAAAUGAAUGCCAUUAGCGUGUUGUCUGCUGUUAGUGGUUUGCCUCUUAUUAAAAUCCUGACACGCUGCAGAUGGUAAAGGCAGAGCUACUGGAAGAGUUAUAUUUGAUCAAUAGAGCUGAACUUUCUUCCCUGGAAUCUGUAUUUUUUUGGUGAUCUGUAUGAUUAUUUUUGUCUCUUUUCUUGUGGUUUCCGAGCCAGAUACGGGUUAAAUUGUCAUCUAAAUUAUUAGCUGAGCUCAUCCCCACUCUGCAGUCACAUACAAUGGUGAGUUCUCUCAAAAGAAAAUAAAACCAAACCCAGCAAAACUUGAGGUGGAUGAGAGACAUCAGCUGCAGACAAUGGGUCUGACCUGGAAAGGCUAUGUGCUAACUCUUGCUGGGAUGUCUACUUGGGCUUCUUAGCUGCACCCAGUCAAAGCAACAAUGUGGUUGCUUCAAAACUUUCUUGCUCUUUGCAAGUCUAACCGUUUGACUUGAUAUUAUGUUUGCCUGCUUAUUUUAUUGUUGGUUAACCAGUUUUCUUUCCUUUAUCUUGUAUAUGAUGGGAUCUCCGCUAGACAGAGAAAUUAUCCCAGGAGCGAGAGAAGUUUGCUGAUGAGGACAGCAUAUUUUAUGCACUUGGAGAAUGUGGACUCAUUUCUUUUUCUGACUACAUCUUCCUCACAACGGUCCUUUCCAGUCCUUAUUUCAGGGAGGCAUGUAAGAGGGAAUCUUGAUUUCCAGCAAUGUUCUGUGAGUCAUGUGGUAACUGCUGAGAAGCUGUUGAAAGCUCCCCAGAGGAAUUUCGAAAUUGCCUUUAAGAUGUUUGAUCUGAAUGGUGAUGGUGAGGUGGACAUGGAAGAGUUUGAGCAGGUUCAGAGCAUCAUUCGUUCCCAAACCAGCAUGGGCAUGCGCCACAGAGACCGGUCUACAACGGGGAACACACUGAAAACUGGCUUCAACUCUGCACUGACAACAUACUUCUUUGGAGCGGAUCUGAAAGGGAAGCUGACCAUCUCCCACUUCCUUGAUUUCCAGCGCAAACUGCAGCAUGAUAUUCUGAAGCUUGAGUUUGAGCGGCACGACCCUGUGGAAGGGCGGAUCACAGAGCGGCAGUUCGGCAGCAUGCUGCUGGCCUACAGUGGGGUGCAGUCCAAGAAGCUCACUGUCAUGCUGAAGCAGCUCAAGAAGCACUUCCAAGAUGGAGAGGGGCUGACAUUUGAGGAGGUGGAGAGCUUCUUCACUUUUCUGAAGAACAUAAAUGACGUGGACACAGCUUUGAGCUUCUACCACAUGGCUGGAGCUUCACUUGAUAAAGUGACAAUGCAGCAAGUGGCCAAGACAGUGGCCAAGGUGGAGCUUUCCGACCAUGUGUGCGACGUGGUGUUUGCGCUCUUUGACUGCGACGGGAACGGUGAGCUGAGCAACAAGGAAUUUGUUGCCAUAAUGAAGCAGCGCCUUAUGAGAGGCUUGGAGAAGCCCAAGGACAUGGGCUUCACGCGACUCAUGCGGGCGAUGUGGAAAUGUGCCCAGGAGACAGCGUGGGACUUUGCCAUGCCCAAGCACUAGCAGGGGCAGAGGGGAGCACCCAGCUCCCCUGUCUCAGCCCUGCCACUACUGCCUGCAGACACCUGCAGGGUGGCAGCGGGCUCUGGCGAGCCCAGGCUGUUCAUAACAGGAGAUUUCUGUAAAUCAAAGUUACAAAUCAAAGCCUGUUGUAUUUGCAGCUUCUGCUUGCCGCUGAUGUUCCCCUCUCUCAGGAAAAAGAAAAGGACUUUUCUUAGUGUCACCACCUCUGCUUUGUGAUGUGCCUUGCCUGCACAGCUGGGCAUGGAGCAGGCUCAUGGGGCUGCAAAUCACUUGUUUAAUGUUAUUACAAAAUGGCAUGGGGUUCAUUUUAAUUCUUAAAUCGCUCGUAAGAAGGAAGCCAUGAGAUUCCUUAGCAGCGGGACCUAGGAGCAGAGGCUGGAGCAGCCAGGUGGUGAGAGCCACCCCAGGAUUUUGGUUGGCUGAAUGCCCUGUGCUCCUCCAGGCUUUUGGGGAGGGGGGGACAGGACAGAUGCAUCUGCAGAAGGGCUGCCUGAGCCAAGGUGCUGCCCCUGGUGUAAGAGCAGUUAAAGGCAGUGGACCAACUGGCUCUCCCACCCAUCCUGCCUUGCAUAAGCAGCCUGCUGCCGGCAGGGGAUCCUUCUCCGAGGGGAAUUGUUCUGUAACAGGCUGAAAGAUGUUAUCUGCCAAGUGUUUUCCUCUCUGUAAAGUAUCGUGUAAAGAUGUUGCUCACAACACGACUUGUGGCUUGUCUCUUU